AUGCAUUCCCCCUUUUUAACCCCCGGCUCACGGUCGCAACUCGACAAUCUUGCUCUGCUUCAACUCCGCAGAGAUCAGACGAUCCCGACGAUUCUCCAGCUCCAUGACGAAAAGAACGGAGGAUAUAAGGAAGGAAAAGUCACCAACACCCGCUUCGGCUCAUUUCCGCAUAUCACGCUUUGCGAUCAACCAUGGGGCUCACAGAUCAUCGCAUCCAAGGUAGACACGGGGUCCCGGGGCCGUACGCAGAAGAUGAAACGGAAAGCGGACGAGCUGGAUUCGUCCACCCAGGCCGAAGAUAAGCCUUCUCCGCAGACCCCAGUGGCAGCCUCCAGCGGUUUCCUUCACCUCCUUUACCCCACACCAGAACUAUGGACCGCGUCGCUCCCUCAUCGUACUCAAGUCGUUUAUACACCGGACUACAGCUACAUCCUCCAUCGGUUACGCGCGCGUCCUGGAAGUACCGUAAUUGAAGCGGGAGCUGGAAGUGGCUCUUUCACCCAUGCCUCCGUGCGGGCAGUGUUCAAUGGAUAUCCUUCAGAUGAUCAACCGACGAAAAAGAGAAGGCUUGGCAAAGUCUGCAGUUUUGAAUUUCACGCGCAGCGGGCGGAGAAGGUUCGCGUGGAGGUGAACCAGCAUGGCCUCGAUGGACUGGUGGAGGUAACACACCGUGAUGUCUAUGAGGAUGGGUUCCUCCUCGGGGACCCGAAGACAGGCAAAUCCCCAAAGGCGAAUGCGAUUUUCCUUGAUCUGCCUGCUCCUUGGCUAGCUCUUAAGCAUCUCGUUCGCAACCCACCCGAGGGUACGGAAUCACCGCUUGAUCCUACAUCCCCGGUCUAUAUAUGUACAUUCUCUCCCUGUCUUGAACAGGUACAGCGUACUAUCAGCACACUCCGCCAAUUGGGCUGGUUGGGAAUAUCAAUGGUGGAAGUCAACAACCGUAGAAUCGAGGUCAAGCGAGAACGAGUUGGGUUAGAUCUCGGGAACAUUCGCGGAACAGUGGUCUUCCCCAAAUCCGUUGACGAAGCGGUUGAGAGAACGCGUGCCCUUGAGGAACGUGCCCAGUUGUUCCGUGCAACGCAGAAUCAAAGUGACGGCGACAGCACCCCUGCCCCUAAAGCUGAAAAUGAGGCAAAGGGUGGCCAGCAAGAAUCUGAGGUCCCAGUGUAUAAGCAGGGUCGUGUGAUGACCAGGUCAGAAUUGGACCUUAAGAAUCAUACAUCUUACCUUGUCUUUGCUAUUUUGCCUCGGGAAUGGACGGAGGAGGAUGAAAAGCGCUGCCGUGAGAAAUGGCCGUCAAACCGGGUGCAGGAACCGCAGGGACCACAAAAGAGUAAGAAGCAACUGAAAAGGGAAUCAAGGGAGAAACGCGACCUGCAAAGAAAAGAGCAAAGUCAACCGGAGACGGAGUCCCAAAAGGAAUAG